ACGGUGAUAAGUGGGAGUGGAGGAGCUCGGAGCAACGUCAAUGCUCAUGAACAUUCAGACGGAUAACUCGCACGUCGUGGGAACAUCGCGUCGUUACACAGCCUGCUCACAACAGCAUCCUUAUGUACAGCAGUUUGACGAUGGAUUACGGCUUUCUGCCGCGGUCCAUGUGGAGCGUUGACAGCAGAAUCGUGCAGCAUCCAGCCGAGCUGCACACCAGCGUGGUGGUGACGCGCAGCAUCCCCGCAGGAACCUGCUUCGGUCCGUGCUUUCUGCAAAACUCUUUUUACGACACCAUCGCCUUCAUUGCGCAGAAAGCCAGCGACAGGAGAGGAAAAUCGUGCGUCUUUAGUGUGGACCCAGAGGCCAUGCGUAAUUCUGCACUGGUGCUGUCUUGGCUGCGGCUGGUGCAGGCUGCGCGCAAUAAAGAGGAGCAGAACACGGAGGCCUUCCUCAAAGGAGGUCAGCUGUAUGUGAGGACCACCAGGGACGUCCAGCAGGAGGAGGAACUCCUAGUCUGGUACGACCAGGAGCUUUGUCACCUUCUGGGCUUUACGGACAUGAGCAGAGGCACGAGUGAAGAGUUCAAAUGUGCCAGGUGUGAGCAGAUCUUCAAGAAUGAAUAUCCAUUCCUGGCCCAUUGCCGCUUCUUAUGCGCGCAGAUAAAGAGCGACGCCUGGAGCGUGUACCAACACAAACACGUAGAGGUCAAGAGGCCGCGUCGCGUCACAGAUUUUCACAACAUCGCCAGAGAUUUGGAACACAAAAGGCCUGGCGACAGCGACGACGCAGACACCGCACCUUCAAAACGAAAAAACCCGGAGGGCGUUUCCCUCAAGGUGCGGAAAACCGUCUUGCUGGAAAAAACAAAUAUUUCAAAUGACGGUAACAUCACGCAGUUGGUCAGAAGCCAGGAUGAGGCUGGAGGAGACGCAUUUGACUCAAACUUGAAGAUAAAAGCGGACAGGACCAAGCUGGAUCAUUUGGGAUGUAAAAAUGGGACUUGUGGAGAGCCGAGGGAAGCCAAGUGGACUUUUACACAUGACAGGCUGGUGGACUCGGAGACAGGAGAGAGCUCCGGUUUGCGCUCGAGCAGAACCAGUGCUUUCUCUUUGGUCCACUCGAACAGUCCUGGACAGAAAAGUGCUUUUUGUAAACCGAGUAAAAGGACCUCUGUAGGCGAACUGCAACAUGGUGGUGUCACAACAGUGCUCUCCAGUGGUCUGGGGGAGACGAGUGAGGCCCUCACUUCCAGGACCGUGUCAGCAUACACUACGCUAAUGACACCCAGUAUGCUGAGCAGUGACAUGCACACACUGCCCCCACCCUUCCAUUACACACCGGAACACUGGUCAAGACCCUCUCAGGUCCAGUCCACCUCGGCGCUCACCCUCCUCCCUCCCACCUUAACCUCAUUCGGCGUGUCGGUACAAAACUGGUGCGCCAAGUGCAACCUCUCUUUUCGCAUGACCUCCGACCUCGUCUUUCACAUGCGCUCCCACCACAAGAAGGAGUUCGCUGCCGAGUCACAGGUGAGGAGAAAGCGAGAGGAGAAGCUCACCUGCCCAAUCUGCCACGAAUACUUCCGAGAACGCCACCACCUGUCCAGACACAUGACGUCACAUAACUAAGACUGCUGAUGGCAGAAGAAAAAUGUAUUUAUUUAGUAAAUAAGGUUUAUAGGGCUUAGAUCCUGGCAGUGAAUGUAGGUACUGUAGCUGUUAAUAAGUAGCCAACACAGCCUGUCCACCAGGGGGUGGCAGAGGUACAUGGACUGACCUCAGCCUCUUGUCCUUCAAGCCUCUGUUCCAUGAUUUUUGUGCCUUAAGGACCUCAGGAUGGUGGAAAGUAGAUGGAGAGAUGUCGAGGACAGCUCAUGAUUGUCACACAUACCUUAAAGGCCUACUGAAAUGCGAUUUUCUUAUUUAAACAGGGAUAGCAGGUCCAUUCUAUGUGUCAUACUUGAUCAUUUCGCGAUAUUGCCAUAUUUUUGCUGAAAGGAUUUAGUAGAGAACAUCGACGAUAAAGUUCACAACUUUUGGUCGCUGAUAAAAAAAAAAGUCUUGCCUGUACCGGAAGUAGCAGACGAGUAGCGUGACAUCACAGGUUGUGGAGCUCCUCACAUCCGCACAUUGUUUACAAUCAUGGCCACCAGCAGCGAGAGCGAUUCGGACCGAGAAAACGACGAUUUCCCCAUUAAUUUGAGCGAGGAUGAAAGAUUCGUGGAUGAGGAAA